CCGCAGGCCACGCCUCCCGGACACGCCCCCGUCUGCCGUCCUGGUUCUUCCCUACAGCUUCAGCCUGCCUCGCGCAUCUUUCUGACCGCUGCUCCGUGCGUGAGCCACGUCUGACCGCUGGACGCGGGGCGCUCUCAAAGGAGCUCGUGGUCCGGCACGGUUCCAUCCGGCCAGGGUGCCCACGGCCGACCGGGCCGGGCCGCGGUCCUGGCGGUGGAGCGGAAAGGCGCGAGGAAAGGACCCGCGCCCGCCCCUCCAUCGCGGUGAGCCCGUGGUGUCUGAGAACACGCGGAAAAGCGGAUCGGUCUUGGCAGACUGGGCUCCGGCGCUGUACUGCGCGUGCGCCACGGUGCUAGCCGCGGGAGGCGGCGGUAAUUACCGAUUGUCCUGCUUGGAGGAGGCGCGGCAACCCGUGGCCGAGGGGCUGCCCGCCUCAUGAUUCCGCCGCUGCUCCGCGCCCUGUAAAGGCUUCUCGGAGACCCGAUCCGGGUGGGUUCCUAGCUCCCUCGGACCGCCCGCGGGGAACCGAACCUGCGCACGGGACCGGGGACACGGGGAGAGGAAGGUGCCAUGGCCACAGAUUUAGCUGUAAUCAUGAUCCUGACCUUUGCCCUUUGGGUCACAAAUCCCCUUCAUGAACUUCAAUCAACAGCUGCUUUCUCUCAGACAACUGAGAAAGUUAAGUCAAAUUGGGAGCCUGGCAUUAAUGUUGACUUGGCGGUUAGUAUGCAGCGACAUCAUCUGCAACAGCUUUUCUACCGCUAUGGAGAGAAUGAUUCCUUGUCUGUUGAAGGGUUCAGAAAAUUGCUUCAGAACAUAGGCAUAGACAAGAUUAAAAGAGUCCACAUACACCAUGACCAUGAGCAUCACUCUGACCACGAGCAUCACUCGGACCGUGAGCAUCACUCGGACCAUGAGCAUCAUUCUGACCACGAGCAUCAUUCUGACCAUGAGCAUCAUUCUGACCGUGAGCACCAUUCCCACCGCACUCAUGGUAAAAACAAUCGGAAAACCUUUUGCCCAGACCAUGACUCCGAUAGUUCAGGUAAAAAUCCUAGAACCAGCCAAGGGAAAGGAUCUCGCCCACCAGAGCGCAUGAAUGGUAGAAGGAAUGUCAAGGAUAGUACAGGCUCAAGUGAAGUGACCUCAGCUGUGUACAACGCUGUCUCUGAAGGAACUCACUUUCUUGAGACAAUAGAGACUCCGAAACCUGGGAAACGCCCCAAAGAUGUAAACCCUUCUACCCCGCCCAGCAUCACAGAGAAGAGCCGAGUGGGCCGGCGGCUUGCUAGUAGGAAAAGCAAUGAGUCUGUGAGUGAGCCCAGAAAGAGCUUUAUGUAUUCCCGAAACACAAAUGACAAUAUUCAGGAGUGCUUCAACGCAACAAAGCUGCUCAAUUCCCAUGGCAUGAACAUCCAGGUUCUGUUGAAUGCAACAGAGUUUAACUAUCUUUGUCCAGCCAUCAUCAAUCAAAUUGACGGUCGGUCUUGCCUGAUACAUACAGCAAGUGAGAAGAAGGCGGAAAUCCCUCCAAAGACCUAUUCUUUACAAAUAGCCUGGCUCGGAGGCUUCAUAGCCAUUUCCAUCAUCAGUUUCCUGUCUCUGCUGGGCAUCGUCUUGGUACCACUCAUGAACCGGGUGUUUUUCAAGUUCCUGCUGAGCUUCCUCGUGGCACUGGCUGUCGGGACUCUGAGCGGCGACGCUCUGUUACAUCUUCUCCCACAUUCUCACGCAAGUCACCACCACAGUUAUAGCCAUGAAGAACCAGCAAUGGAAAUGAAAAGAGGUCCACUGUUCAGCCACCUGUUGGCUCAGAACAUAGAAGAAAGCACCUAUUUUGACUCCACGUGGAAAGGUCUGACCGCUCUAGGGGGCUUAUAUUUCAUGUUUCUUGUGGAACACGUGCUCACGUUGAUCAAGCAAUUUAAAGAUAAGAAAAAAAAGAAUCAAAAGAAACCUGAAAAUGAUGAGGACGCGGAGAUCAAGAAGCAGCUGUCCAAAUAUGAAUCCCAGCUUUCCACAAAUGAGGAGAAGGUGGACCCAGGUGAACGACCUGAAAGCUAUCUGCGAGCAGACUCCCAAGAGCCCUCCCCCUUCGAUUCUCAGCAGCCAGCGAUGUUGGAAGAGGAAGAGGUCAUGAUAGCCCACGCACACCCACAAGAUGUCUACAAUGAAUACGUGUCUAGGGGCUGUAAGAACAAGUGCCAUUCACACUUCCAUGACACACUGGGCCAGUCAGAUGACCUCGUUCACCACCACCACGACUACCAUCACAUUCUGCACCACCACCACCACCAGAACCACCACCCCCACAGCCACAGCCAACGCUAUUCUCGAGAAGAGCUGAAGGAUGCUGGCGUUGCCACUUUGGCCUGGAUGGUGAUCAUGGGCGAUGGGCUGCACAAUUUCAGUGACGGCCUUGCUAUUGGUGCUGCUUUCACUGAGGGCCUGUCCAGUGGGCUAAGCACCUCUGUUGCUGUGUUCUGUCAUGAACUACCUCAUGAACUAGGUGACUUUGCUGUCUUGCUAAAGGCUGGCAUGAACGUCAAGCAGGCUGUGCUCUAUAACGCCCUGUCAGCCAUGCUGGCCUAUCUUGGCAUGGCGACAGGGAUCUUCAUCGGGCAUUAUGCAGAAAAUGUUUCUAUGUGGAUAUUUGCACUCACUGCCGGCUUGUUCAUGUAUGUCGCUCUGGUGGACAUGGUGCCUGAGAUGCUGCACAAUGAUGCCAGCGAUCACGGAUGCAGCCGUUGGGGGUAUUUCUUCCUGCAGAAUGCUGGGAUCCUUCUGGGUUUUGGAAUUAUGUUACUCAUUUCCAUAUUUGAACAUAAAAUUGUGUUUCGUUUAAAUAUGUAAUUAGGUUCUAAACCCUAGAGCAGCUUAAAGAGAUAUUGCUGUUUGUAGUUUGAGUAGAUGCUAGAAAUAUGUUCAAAUGCUGUGAUACACAGCAUUUAAAACUAGUGGGUUUUGUGAUUUUUGUAUCGAAUUUGCCAUUUGUUACACUUAUAAAGUCAGUUACGUUUGGUAACAAAGGUACGAUUUAAUAUUUAAGUUAUUCUUUUUUUGGAAAUGUAAAUUCUAUGUGUGAUCCACCAAUAUACCAGUUUACUGUAUGUUUUGGCAUGCCAUGUUCUGUAUAUUUUAGAGAAUGUGUCUUUAAUGCUCUUCUGUACAACUUCAGCAGUAGUUCCCUGCUGGUGUGAGGCCCCGUGGUGAGGAAGAAUGGGCACAGAUGCCAACAGUUUGGCCUGAGCGUAGCCAAGAAAUAGGAGCAAAGACUAAUUGGAGGACUGGGUAGGAGUACAUGGCUUAGAGAAAUCACAGCAUCGGUUGCGAUGUAGAGGGGUUCUAGAUGUGUUUUAAAGGGCACACUUAGUGCGGCGUACAUGUGUGAACAUCUGUCAGACCAUUAAUGUCCCUGCAGAAACAGUGGGCACUUGCAGUACACUUACUUUGGUUGUACAUUUGUUUGUAUAACAAGAAGUCUAAAUAUAAUUAGUCCAAGCAAGGUGUCACUCAACUGAGAAACUAAGGUUUUAAAUUUGUGUUUGGAGAUAGGCAGAUGAGCAGCUAGUGUGUUACCAGAAGACUGGGUUUUCACCAAGCUAUGUUUGUUACACUCAGAGUUACACGUUUGGGCUUCUGGUUGUCUAGGUUCCCAAAUGGCGAGUAUUAAAACCUUAGCAUGAAGACGGUAAGACACAUUCUGAAUAUAUUUUGACUUCUUGGCUUCAGAAAGCACUUAGCUCUCCUUCAGUGCUUUAAAAUGUCAUUGUGAACAACUGUCCUUUCACGUAUGACACUGUGGGUACAUUAGGGCUGUCUGUGGCACUGUCUAGAUGUUUCUUAAAAAAAAAAAUAAAAGUAUCAACUCAG